CAUCACGCCCACAAAGGAUAAACGGCAACCCCACCUGCAAUUUUAUUAGUAUUUUUGAAAAGUCUAGCCGUCCCCUUAGUACAUGCAUCUUCCUCCCUAUAUAUCCCCAGAAAAUCCCCAUCAGGAAAGAAAUACAAAAUCUCAAAACCCACAGCAGUACUCAGCACCCUCUAAACCUCUCCUCAAAGCUUGAAAAAGAAUUAAGGAGUGAUUGAUAAUGUACGGGCGGAGCUUACUUGAUCAGCCCGAUUAUGCCUCUCUUGAUUCCGUUCGCUUGCAUUUGCAAGGCGAAACUGUUUCUACUGCUCCUACCACUACUUGCAGCUACACUCCAGCAAUUACAACGACGACGGCUGCUCCAGCUGCUAAUUGUACUCCACCCCUUGUUUAUUGCAGGAGCACAAGCUUCAGCAGCUUGUAUCCUUGCUUAACAGAAAACUGGGGAGACUUGCCACUCAAGGUCGACGAUUCCGAGGAUAUGUUCCUUUAUGCUGUCCUCCGCGACGCCGUCACCGUUGGGUGGGUCCCAUCACUCAAAACCGACCAACUGGUGCAGCCCAAUUUCCCACUAGUGAAAUUGGAACCCACAGAGAAUCUGGCUGUCUCGCCGCCCUCCACGGCGGUUCCAGUGGCUGAGCCUGCGGUGCUUCCGUCCAAGGGGAAGCAUUACCGGGGUGUGAGGCAGCGGCCUUGGGGGAAGUUCGCAGCGGAGAUUAGGGACCCAGCGAAGAACGGGGCCCGGGUUUGGUUGGGGACGUUCGAGACGGCGGAGGAUGCGGCGUUGGCUUACGACCGUGCUGCCUAUAGAAUGCGCGGGUCGAGGGCGUUGUUGAAUUUCCCGUUGAGGGUGAAUUCCGGUGAGCCUGAUCCGGUUAGAGUGACUUCGAAGAGGUCUUCUCCGGAGCCAUCAUCGUCGGUGGACAGCGGGUCACCGAAGAGGAGGAAGAAGGUUGGUGGCACAGCGGGUGCUGCUACAGUGGUGGCUAAAGCUGGGUUGGAAAUUGGGAAUGGGGUUGGAUGUCAAGUGGGUACCCAUGGCGAGCAAAUGUUGGUUAUCUAGAUAAUGUUUAAAAGUGAAAAGGUCUCUAACAUUGUGGUGAUUUCCAUAAUUUUGAAACUGUUAGGGGUGGGAAAAACAAUCACUGCUAACUGGGGUAAAACUGUAAAAGGAUUGUGAAUAGAGUUUUGCUAUUUUGUGAUUUUGAUGUAAAAUCUCUUCCAACGGAAAAUGGAAACAUUUCAUUCUAUUUUUGGAUA